UUCAAGUUGAGAAGAUUAUGUAAUACCACUCCCAGGACUCUAGAUUUUCAGUCUCAUUCCUUCAGUUCUUGAUGUAUUAAGCUCAUUAUGGCAUUAACACGCUCUUUGAUUCGAAUUUCAAGUAUUGGUAGCCGUGCUUUGGUCCAGGAAAGCUCAGUUUUUCGUUUAUCAAGAGUUAUUUGUGGCUGCCCAGCUUCAAAACUGGAGUCAAAUCUAUCAACUACAAGUACUUGUUGGACUGRGUUUCGUCAAAUUCACGAAGAUAGACCGAAGGUAGACCCAAAAGUACCAAUAUCAGAUGAUUUAGGAACGAAGAAACAGGAAAAGGAGAAUGAGGCAAACGAGGAAUUAAAUCUAACUCAAGUCCAAAGGCUGAAGAAAGUGUUUGCUGAGUAUGGGUCUACAGCUGUAGUAUUCCAUGUUUGUAUAUCUCUCACCUCCCUGGGGAUAUGCUAUACAGCUGUUAAAAGUGGUCUAGAUGUUCCUGCGAUGCUACAGAAAAUUGGUCUGAGCCAAGGAAUUGUAGAUUCUGCUGUAACAAAGGGAGCCAGUACCUUUGUUAUUGCUUACGCAUGCCAUAAAGUAUUUGCUCCUGCCAGGAUGUUCAUGACAAUAACAUGCACACCUCUCAUCGUCAGAAGGCUACGCAUAAUGGGUAUUCUCAAAGCUCCUAUUAAGCCAACCUCGUAGAUUUGUGCAUCAAAGCAAGGACCCUCUUAUUCUGAGCUCCUCCUAUAUCAGGACAUAAAACCCUUCCAAUAACUCAGGUCUAAAGUAAAUAUUUUCAUAUAAUUUUGAAACUAGUUAAAGUGAUCAUGAAGUCAUUAAACCCAUAUAAAAUAGAUAUUAGACUAAUACACUUUAGUAGACUAUGAUUUCAUUGUUUUCUUUUGUGUCUAUUUGACUAUUACACGUUGACUAGUAUUUUUUAUUUCACGGGUUAAAUGCCUUCACUCUACAUUCAUUCUCAGUAUAUAGCAAUUGAGCGCUAGCCCAAACUCUUGUUCUGUGGUGUUGUAGUAUUUGAAUAUUUAUAGUACACUCAACAAAAUUACUUGACUCUGAUUGGUCGAGAGGAGUACAAUUAUAGCGUUAAUUGUACUCCGUAGGAGUACCGAAUUAAGUCGCUAUGGCAACACGGCCAAAACAAUGUCAAAGCAAUUAUUUUAUAUCAUUUUGUACUUAAAAAACAUAUAAAUAAAAUUUUAUAGCCGUAGGAACUAAUCUUUUUCAUGCAUUUCAGUUGCGCGAUGGAGUGAAAAUUGGCUGCCAAAUAGACAAAGAUGAAAGGCGUCACUUCACAUUUUUUACUGAAAUUUUGUUGAGUGAACUAUAAACGAAAAAUCGCACGAUCUUCUUGUACAAGGUCGUGCGAUUUCCUAUGCUAACGGUAAUAUUUCGUAGAGCGUAAAAUUAGUACUCUUAAGAAUAAAAGACUUUCCUCAAUAGCUUGUUGAAAUCUUUGAUGUUUUGCUGAUUUUAGGAGGAUGACGAAUAACGAUAACUCCAUAAAAAUGCUCCAAACUUGCUUCAAAAUCAGCAAAACAUCAAAAGAUGCGACAAGCUAUCAAAGAAAGUUGUUUAAAAGUACUAAUUUUACACUCUAAAAUAUAUAUCCAUUAACAUUCAAUACCACCAACACCACAGAAUCGAACAAGAGAUUAGGCUGCCUGUAGGCUGACAAACGCAUGAAAACAAGGUCACCCAAUCAUCUUGCAAGGCUGCUAAUUCAAAAUUAAGGUGGAUAGACCCCUGGCCUUGCAUGUGACGUAAAAGCAGCUUGAUCUGCUGGGGGACAAAACAAAAUAAUAUCCUGAGAAUUGGAACCUAUUGUUUUGUCCCCCAGAUUGAACUGCAUUCCAAAGUGCUGCAAGGGGUCUAUAGUACGAAUUCAGGUCAAAACAAAAGGUCAAUUUCUAUACUUUUUCUCUAUAAACCCAUUUCGUCUGCUUUUAUAUCUUUUGUGAACUAAUGACUGGGUGACAUCGUUUUUGUGUACUAGUCAGCCAUUAUGAGAACUGUGUAUAUAGUGCAAUUCACCUUUUUGGCGCUAGCCGUCACGUGGUAUAAAUUGUGUUGGGUUGUGUUACAGUCACCAAAAAGUUCGGACAUUGUUCUCAGAUUUCUGUAGUCAAAGUACCGACUUUAAAUGAACCAUUUACUUGGUUUGUUGAGUUAGUUGUCUAAAUAUAAGUAAAACAUCAUUUUUCUAACUUGAUUGAAGCUUUUCAUAUUGCUGUUAAGAGAGCUAACUAAAGAAAUCUAUCUAAAUUUUCUCUUUAAACUCAGUGAAUUUGUAUGGGAAUCCAAGAACCAUGUCCAAACUUUUUGGUGACCAUAACACAAUCCAGCAAAGUGUUUAUGAUGUGACGGCUAUUGCCAAAAAGGUGAAUUCAGGCUCGGAAAACAACAAAACCAUCAUUUUUUUUCGAAAACAUUACUUGAAAACAAUCAUAUUAGCAGCACAAUUUCCAGCAGGUUUAUUUACAUCAUAAUAAUAAUUACAACAAUCCAUUUAAAAGUAUGUCUAGUUUUAUAAGCAACUUAUUUGAAAUAUACUAAUACACUAAUACUUGGAAAUUGAAAAUGGAAUGACUGCCUACACGAAAGUAUAUAAACAUUAUAGAAACAAUAAUUGUACGACUACUAGAUCGUAUAUAGUACUAUAUUGUAGACUGUAUACUAGAGUGAUUUUCAUUAACCCAUGAAACAAAGUGUACUAAUUAGAGUGUAAUAUAUAGUGAAAUAAACACAAUAGAAAGCGAAA